CUAAAUACUGGGCUUUAAUAUUUGAGGGCCAUACCUAGAAGCCCUCCUAGUAAAAGAAUAUCGUUGAAUGGAUUAGAGGUUUAUGAGCUCAAAGGAGUCGAAGCGUUUCCUUAUCCCGAACAAGGCAGUGACGAAACAAAGAAGAAUUUCUAACUCUAGUCUCUCACAGACUGCCAUGGCGGCUUCCACUGCUCAGAGCAUACCGAUUCUUCGAUUCAGAGCCAAUGAUUCAAAGUCGCUCGUCUCUCUCCCAGGUUCGUGUUUGAGGGUCGUGGCUUCGGACAAGGCUUCCUCUGCACGCGCAAUUGCGUGUUCUUUAAGGAGCGACAAUCCUUGGCUCGGUGCGGGAGUUAAGCUCUCCGGUGGUGGUGGCCCCGUUGUGAAGCGGUCACUACAGAAGAGAGUGGUGAUAAGGUCUGCAACUAUUGAAGAGAUAGAGGCGGAGAAAUCUGCUAUUGAGAAGGAUGUUAAAUCAAAGAUGGAGAAGACGAUUGAAACGCUUAGGACUAGUUUCAAUUCCAUAAGGACCGGGAGAGCCAAUGUAGCUAUGCUUGACAAGAUUGAGGUGGAGUAUUAUGGAAGUCCAGUGAGUCUGAAAAGCAUAGCCCAAAUCAGUACUCCCGAUGGAACUUCUCUUUUGCUCCAGCCUUAUGACAAAUCUAGCUUGAAGGCUAUAGAGAAGGCCAUUGUCAAUUCCGAUCUUGGAGUCACUCCUAAUAACGAUGGUGAUGUCAUUCGCUUGUCCUUGCCUCCCCUCACUUCUGAGCGACGAAAGGAACUAACAAAGGUUGUAGCCAAACAGUCUGAAGAUGGGAAGGUUGCACUGAGAAACAUAAGGAGGGAUGCCUUGAAGUCUUAUGAUAAACUCGAGAAGGAGAAGAAGCUCUCAGAAGACAACGUGAAAGAUUUGUCAAGCGACUUGCAGAAACUAAUUGACACAUACAUGAAGAAGGUAGAGGACCUCUGCAAACAGAAAGAGAAGGAGUUGUUGAAGGUGUAACUUGGAAUGGGUGCUAGGCGACGAUCUGGUAAAAUCCCCACAAUUCCCAUCUUCUUUUGCCGCUUUUUACUACUUAUCUUUCAUCGGAAAACAAUAUGUUGUGUUUCUUGGGGGUACAAGAAUGCCUUUGGCAAUCGAGAGUAACUUUGUUCAAGUCUAUUUUCAGUUCUUCAAGUGUUCCCUCUUUGUACAGCAAACUCUUGUUAGCUUCAUUUCCUGCUUGCCGUGUAACACAUUUAUUUUCUACAUUCCUAGAUUUCUCUCC